CCUUCAAUAACAUCAUCAACGAGGGUUUCUUUCUUUUCAUUAAUUGAAUAAUUCUCUCAACAAUCACCAAAUCACUUCAGAAUGCCUAGAAGACGGUCAGCUCGUUUAAAUGCACUUGCUUCUGCCACCUCCUAGAAACCAUCUAAAAGUGCACCAGCUUCUCCUGAAGCAACAAAUGUCAAGAUCUAUUUGAACAAAUUAUAUGCACCCGAAUAUCAGUAUCCAGCAAUCAUACACGCCGACACAAACAGGUCUUCCUCCCCCGAAAGUGGUAACGACACAGGAUCCGGCGGAAGCACCCGCACAGGCAGUGAAAGUCCUAAACAUAAAACAUCCGAACAGAAACCCCCGCAGCCCCAGAACGCCGAGAGAGAUAUCAAGUCCUUAUACUUCCUCCACGGGACAUUGAAGCCCUUUCCGAGGAGAAUGCCAACUCCACUACAUAUACCACAGCAUCACAAAAACUCAUCAUGUGGGCAGCCCGUCUCUGGUAUCAAAAACAUGGAAGUGCUAUCCACCACCCUAUGGCAAUCAAACGUGAUUAUAAGAGAGAGGAGUUGCACGAAUGGAUGUGUUGGAGUUUUCCACUGUUGGGGAUGUAAGAAAAGUUGGAUUGCUGCGCAUGCUUGGGUAGGUAGAUGUUUAUUGUGAUGGUGGUUGUGUAACUUGUCCUGAAGUUAGUGGAUUGCAUGCUUCAACUACUGUGCCUAGAUUUAUAUCUGGGGGUUCUCCGACUGAUCAUGGUCAUUGUUAUGAGUGUGAAAAGAAUAACAAGGAGGAACUGUUGUAA